AUGUCGACUCCCAGGCAUGCCCAUCAUCUCCUUAGCUCUGCAUUCUUCAAGAAAUCUACAUUUCAUAUGAGUGAAAGUGACCGAGCCCUCCUCUCCCAUGAAAGGGCAAGGGCAAUUGGCUUGUCUUAUGCUUUGACGAUCGACGACGUGCUUUCCCUCACGCCGAAGUUCUGGCACAUGCACUGCGAUCCCAUUGGGCUGCAAGACGGCGCUGCCAUGACUCUUGUCACAAUACAAUACAAUCUCACGUUAGGCACGAUUGCUCGAUACGCAAAACACCGUCCGGAGCUCGAACCGCUUCUUGAGGAACUGUUGCAAUACCGGACACAGGGCCAGUUCAUGCUAACGGAAGUAGGGCACGGUUUGGAUAUCACCAACAUCGAAACGACGGCAACCCUUCUUCCUUCCGGCGAAUUCUGUCUGACAUCUCCGACUGCAUCUUCGGCCAAAUUCAUGCCACCCUCUGUCCCGGUUGGACUCCCCAGCGUUGCCGUCAUUAUUGCCAAGCUCGUCGUCAACGGCGAGGACCGUGGACACAGACCGUUCAUUGUGGCGAUCAACGACGGCAAGAGCAUGUGCACGGGCGUCCAGGCAAAGCAGCUACCAUUCCGCGACGGGUCCUCACCCUUAUUUCACUCUAUCGCGAGUUUCAAAAACGUCCGGCUUCCCAGCGCGGCACUCCUAGGCACCCUUGACAAACCCAAGAAUGUGCACGAGAACCUCAUGGAAAUCAUCAGCCGCGUCUCUGUGGGCUCACUUUCCGUCGGCUGCUAUGCCGUCCCGGUCCUCCAGGGUCUUGCUACUAUCGGCACUCUAUACUCUCUCAGGCGCCAGGUCGGACCUCCAUCGAAACGCGUCCCAAUCCUGUCCUUCCGCACACAGAAAGCCGUCGUCCUCGCCACUACUGCGAAUGCGUAUGUUGUGGGCGCGUUCCAGCGAUGGGCGAUCGAGCAAUUCCGCGACGCUCGCGAUCGCCGCGUCGGGCGUGGGAUCGCGACCGUGUUCAAAGCGGUCGCAGUGCAGCUCUCACAAGAAAGCGUGCUCGCAGUCUCAGAGAGGUGCGGCGCCCAGGGCCUCUUCGCGCACAACAGGAUGGUCGCGUGGCACACCACAUUGCGAGGUGCCGCCAUCGCGGAAGGCGACGUCCUCGGGCUUUCAAUCCGCCUGAUCAGCGACCUAUUGUUGGGCCGCUGCAACCUCCCACCUCCCCAGGACCCGACGUCUCUCCUCGCGCUCCACGAAGCCAGCCUCUUCGACUCCCUACGCGCCAAAUUCGUCAGCGCUCUGGACGGCGGCCCCGCAUCUGCUGCCUCCGCCAUCCUCCCGUACUGUCAGCCGACGGUGGAGGCGAUCGGGCACCGGAUGGCUUACGACGCCGCGCGCGAGCACGCCGUUCCCGCGCCGCUGGUCGACCUCUUCGUCGCCCGGUGCCUCGAACGCGACGCGGCGUGGUACUCGGAGUCUGGGGGUGUGUCGCGCGAGGAACAGCGCUCGCGCGCUAGCCGUGCGCACGACGCAGCGGAGCCGAUGCUGGGUGCGCUUGUGGUAGAAAUGGAUGUCGGCGAGUACGUCGGGGCCCCAAUCGUGAGCGACGAGAGGUGGGCAGCGUUUGUUGAUGGGCUCGUGGUGCAUGAGGGGAACGCGCAGAUGGAUCUCUUUGAGACAGGGGACUUGAGCCUGGGGGACGCAUUGAAGGUUCUGAUCGGGGCACGCCUUUGA